CCAAGAUACUUUUUCAGAAUCGAUGAAAUAGGCAAAACUCCAAACGCUUCACAUACGUACGACAGCAGUGGGCAUCAUGGGAUGCCCGCCUUUGAAGCAGGGGCCGUCAGGUCAAUAGGGGGAGGCGCGAGCGGUCAGUGGUGGCAAUGUGACGGAACCCAAAUUUACGGAAUUCCACAACCUCCACCAGGCGCUCAGCCAUAUAGCACAUACUCAGUCUUCUACAUCGGGGGUUUUGGGUUUUGGGUUCUGAAAGGUGACGCAAUCAACUCCAACACCUACAGACACUCCAACACCUGGCAGCCUCUGUACUUUCAGCACCACGCUCAAAAGGAAUACUCAUACCUCUGUAAUGCGGAACAAUACCGCACAGUCUACAGUCGAAGAAGCGAUCAGAAUUGGCUGAGGAUGCUGCUACCCGAUAUAUAUUAUGAGAGUGCACCGGUGAUAGACCGCUCACGUUACGGAGGCCUCAAAGGAGAGCUGGGCAUAUUUCUUGCUCUCAUCGCUUUUGCUAUACACCCACAGGAGUUGCGCGCCAGACUACCCCAAAUGUUCACGAACGGGAAUUGGCAAACACCCGGCACAUUCAAUCAUGGGAGACAAUCAGAAAGGGGUGUGGUAGUGUAUGUGUGGACCUGUCCGUCAAUCACGGCUGACGAACUUCAUGUUUAUGAGCGAGGAUCCCAUACCAGGUAUUAUUACUAG